AUGUGCACUCGAUGUGAGUCUUUCAGACCUCCUCGAGCUCAUCAUUGUCGAGUAUGCCGUCGAUGCAUUCGUAAAAUGGACCAUCACUGCCCAUGGUGUGAACUAACCGUGUCUGCGAGAAUUUUAAUUCAGAAGUUUUCUUACAAUUCCUCUUCUACGUUGGAUUGUCUAGCAGCUACACAGUUCUGUGAAGUGAUGGUACUUUCCUGGGUUUACGACGACGAAUUUGCCUCCACUGGACUAAAAGGACCAUUUGGAGAAAAUGCCCACCAUGCUAAAGUACUGCAUUCCAUUUUUCUGUCAAUGGAGAGCGCUCUUUUUGGGAUGUUUGUUGUAGCAGUUUCAUGCGAUCAGUUGGGAGCAAUCUUUUCUGAAGAAACUGCAGUUGAAGCUGUUCAACGUAGGACGAAACAGGCAUAUAAAAGAAGUCGACGACGAGGAAGGCUUUCACUUCUUAGAGAAGUUUGUGGGGGAGGUAAGGAAUUUCCAUUUUUCAACUGUUCUCGCCACACCACGUUAUUUCAACUUCCUCUGUUCACUCCAAUGAUGCCCUAA